ACUGUGCGUUUUAAGAAAGUAAGCAGUGCGGAAGCUGUAAACCUGUAACUUAGCGUUGCUAAUCAGUUAUAACAGUUAGCAAUUUACUCGGGAAAAAAUUAAGAAACACAAGCAAAAAUAGAAAUCAAAAACUGAAGACGAUUCUGAAACAUACCAAAUUACGUUUGCCACCAACUGUUUUGUGGCAGUAUAUUGUAUGUAAAUAUAGAUUUCUACAUCACUUCCUGUGCAAGAUGGCAGCUGCCUUGGUAGUUUCACGUGAAGGUUUGGUUGUGGGAAACAAAAUAUGGACAGGUACCACUAUGGAUUUGGAUGAUGAUGCUAUUGAAGAAGGCUGCUCUUCUGCUAGUAAAGGAAACAAAAAUGAGGAUGAUCAAAGUAAGUUGGAUGACGACAGCUCUGCAGUUGAAGAUGAAGCAAAUUCCAAUGCUGGUUGGGCGAAUGCCAUGGCAAAAAUUCUAAACAAGAAAACUCCAGACAGCAGGCCAAGUAUCCUGAUUAAAAAUAAGCAGAGAGAGAAGGAAAAGGAACUUGAAAAACAAGAAAGACUUAAGAAAAAAAAGCAGCUUGAUGAAAAGUGGGAAUGGGAAAUGAUGAAUAGAGUAAAGCCAGAUAUUGCAAGAGACAGAGAAAAGGAACGAAACCUACAGAAAGUUGCUACAAGAGGAGUGGUACAGCUGUUUAAUGCAGUAAGGAAACAUCAGAAAAAUGUUGAGGAGAAAAUAAAGGAAGCAGGAGGUUCUGAAAGAAAACGAGCAAAACUGAUUUCUGCAGUCUCAAAGAGAGAUUUCAUCAGUGUCCUCCGAGGAAAGGCGGGAACUCUGUCUGAACACGACACAAAGGAGAAGAAUGCUGAAGACCUGAUGGGUAAUGCUGAAUCAAAGGAUAAGCCAGGCUGGAGUAUACUGCGUGAUGAUUUCAUGAUGGGAGCUUCCAUGAAAGACUGGGACAAAGAGAGUGAUGAUGGAACACAAAAUGCAGAUGGAGAGCAUAAAGCAGAAACAGAUGACAGUGGAAGCGAUUCUGAUAGAUAAUGUAGAACAUUAAAGGAACUGCAAGAUAAAAUUGUUAUCUUGUUCAUUUGUGACAACUUCAUUCUGUGAAUGUAGGAAGCUGAACUCUAAAGCUCUAUUU